AACAUUCUGCCGCGUAAUAUAGGUCUCAUUGUCCCGAUGAGCUCGACGAUCUCCUCGCAUGUGGACUACUAGAAAACCAUGGAGUGCCCCAAAUGCUACGAGCGAUUGUUCUGUAACCACUGCCACCCCCACCUCAAGGAAUUCAAAGCUCCUAGAUGCGAAAACUGCAAAGAUCGUCACAAGUAUGAAGUCGAGCGCGCCGACUCGACUUUUCAGUGUAAUAAGUCGGCCCAUGAACUCGCGCAGAGCAGACUCAGUGAGAGGCUGGCGUUCCUCAAACUCCAAGACCCUGACCCUUCCAUGGAGAUCUUCAAAGGAGACGUGGCUUUUGUGGUGCAUGGAUGUGACAUGAUUCAUGCCCAUCGCUUCAUUUUGGCUGGGAAGUCAUCUGUAUUUUGCAGAAUGUUUGAUUGUGGGAUGCUGGAAAAAGAGACCGGGCUCAUUCCUAUAGACGAUGCCUCGUACCCGGUGAUGAGGGCAGUGAUCAAUUAUUGUUAUACAGCGGACAUCAAUUUCACAGAUGAAAUCCCUCCUGACGAGGUACUCAAAGUUGCCCAUAAGUACGAAAUCAGUCACCUGAGAGACGUGUGUGGUGAAGAGCUGGGUGGGAAAAUCAGCGACAAAAAUCUUGCAGAGAUGUUGAGAUUGUCCAAGAGAUAUGAUGCUAAAACUCUGCAAGAAGCAUGUGCCAAAUAUUUCAAGGGGAACUUCGAUACAGUGUUCUCGACCGUGAUGGAAAACUUAUGACCUCUUCACCUUCGCAUUUAUCAUCAUGUUCGGCAAAUCGCCUUCUCACUUUUCUUGGGUGUUGUAACAGAUACUACAUCUAGCAUUAGAACACAGCUAGGAAGUGGCACACUAUGGAUAGUCAGUCUACAUGGUCAAGUCAUCCGAUAACUAAGCCGCCGCAAGAUCAGUAUCCUGCCAAAUUCUGCACAGAACUGGUAGAAAAAUGCGUCUGAAUCCUCUAUUGUAUGAAUUCAACGUUCCAAGCUCAGAGUGGGCAUCUUCGCGUUGUUUGGUGCAGUUCAAUAUACGAUGGGAGUGAGUAGUAGUAUCUUGGAUCAUUUAAGGUUUGGUCGGCAAAUUUCUAGGAUACAUAUCAGUUUGUGGAGCACUCAAGAUGGAUAUUGUGCAUUUUCUAGAAGAUAUUGCAGUAACAGAGAAUGCAGAUCUCAUUAAAAGUGGCAUUUUCUUAAAAAAGGA